AAGUAAUGCGGCGUACAACAAGAAUUUGUUAAACAAUUACGACAGAGUUUCGAGGAGGAUGGGAAAUACCGGAUCCGUACAGUCAUCAAAAUCGCGAAAAGAACGAAAGCGAGAAAGUGGUGACAGCGCAGAUGAUCGUCCCGGAAAGAAUAAAAGAAUUGUAAAUGGUUCUGAAUCCCGAACCAAUGGAAGAGAGAAAAUAAAAUGUCGUGCAACUAAUCCUUUUAUCAUCUUUUUUCUACGAUUACGAAGUAAAAAACCUAAGGAACACGUAACUGUAAUUGCACGAGCAGCAGGAAAAUUAUGGACUCAAAUGAGUCCGGAACAAAGAAAAAAAUAUAUAGAUUUAGCAAAUGCUGAGAAAAAAAGACGACAAGAACGUAAAAGAAAACGAAAGUCAAGAAGAAAAUAGAAAACUGAUUGAUGAAAAAUCACAAGGUAAAAACUGAAAGAAAUUAAACAAGUGCAAAAUUGUUCUUGCUAUGCGUGUAUCAAGCCACGCUCUACAAGUUUUUAAAAGUCUUUUAUUUGUAUAAAAUAUUCUCUCGAAGCCUUUAUUUUUGAUUCGUUUUUAUUUGUUAGUAGUUUUUUUUUUUUGUUAACUCUAUGUACAAUAAAUAUUGAUGUAUUUUUACACUAUCAAUGACCUUUUUUAUCGUUCAAGAAUUAUGCUAAAAACUAGGCAAAUUUCCUUGCCUCUCGCACUUAUAGUUUCAUCUGAAAAAAUUAAAUUCAUAACAUACUAUAAAUAUAUUAUUUGUUCGCGACCAUUCCCCGAAGCGUCGUGGACAAGAGGGAAAUUGAACGUACACCACGAACGAGCACCAUUUUACAUUUCCCAUAAAGAGGUCGAAGGAAUCAACGUCUUAUUUCCUUUUAUAAUUCGAUACAAAAAAUAAUUUCAGCGUAAUUCUUUCGACGCUCCGUGGAAGAAUUUUACGCAAUUAUUAUUUUUUUCGAAAUUAAUAUGUGCCCUCCCGCUCAAUAAUA